CAGUCACAUGGGAGUGUCAGCAACGCUAGAUAAUUGUCCUCUUCCCCCUCCUCUCUGACACACACAGUGCAGUGAGCCGACUAACAAGCCGAAGGCAAGCCGAGUGACGCCAGCAGGAAGCUGGCGUAUAGCCCGAAGCGAGCGACGGCGGAGCUUCGCCAUUCUAGCUCCAUCGGCAAUAGGGCGACGCCGUCCCCUACUGCCUCCGUGAUGGCGUCAUCCCCAUUGUCCCCCGACAAUCACCCGUCCGCAGCGGACGACGAUGACGACUUCCGCGAUCGACACCCUCGUGAUCGCUCUUUCCGGUCUUACAUCCAAUCGCUCCUCCCUCGUUCGAUUUUCCCGAUUGACGAUCUACAUAGGCCCCACCCUCACAACUCCAAGAUCUCGCUUUUUAUACUCGUUGCAAUUGUUCUCACGGCCGUGAUUUCGAUUUCUUCUAUCGUCAAUAGAUUUAAUGCUCCAUACUUGUGCCAAAAAGAUGGCAUAACUCUUAUCUGCCCUUAUGUAAAAGAGUCUCCAUCUCUAUGGGAAAAUCCUUAUUCAGCCACUACAUCGUGGAAGCCUUGUUCUGCUCGUCGUGAGGGCGUAAUUUCAGAUAUUCCAUCAGAGAAUGAAACAAAUGGCUAUAUUUUCAUACAUGCUGAGGGCGGUUUAAACCAGCAAAGAAUUGCUAUAUGUAAUGCUGUUGCUGUGGCCAAAAUUAUGAAUGCUACUCUUAUCUUGCCCGUGUUGAAGCAGGACCAGAUUUGGAAGGACCAAACUGAGAAUACUCGAGUAGAUCCCCAUGCCUUUGUUGCAGAUCCACUAAAAGUUAAAAUAGAUACUUCAGCUGCUGAAGGAAUGAUCCAAUUCUUCAACAUUCCGAAAUAUGCUCCUGCUCAGUUCUACAUUGACAAUGUUUUGCCUCGAGUCAAGGAGAAGAAGAUAAUGUCCUUGAAACCUUUUGUUGAUCGACUGGGGUAUGAUAAUGUUCCUCCUGAAAUCAACAAGCUAAGGUGUAGGGUAAACUAUCAUGCUCUUAAGUUUCUUCCUGAGAUUGAGCAGAUGGCUGAUUCUCUUGUAUCAAGGAUGAGAAACCGAACUGGCAGUUCAAAUCCUUUCAUGGCUCUUCAUUUAAGGUUUGAGAAAGGUAUGGUGGGCCUAUCAUUUUGUGAUUUUGUGGGGACAAGGAUGGAGAAAGCUGUAAUGGCUUUAUACAGACAAAAGGAAUGGCCUCGGCGGUUCAAGGAUGGUUCCCAUCUUUGGGCACUAGCUCUGCAGAAGCGGAAGGAAGGGCGGUGCCCGCUCGAGCCUGGUGAAGUGGCUGUGAUGCUUCGAGCUAUGGGCUAUCCUAAAGAAACUCCUAUUUAUGUUGCUUCUGGGCAGGUUUAUGGUGGACAGAACCGCAUGGCACCACUCCGGAACAUGUUCCCCAAUCUUGUUACAAAGGAGGAACUGGCAACCAAGUUAGAGUUAGAUGGAUUCAGGAAGCAUGUGACGAGCUUGGCGGCUCUAGACUUCUUGGUCUGUUUGAAGUCUGAUGUCUUUGUGAUGACUCACGGAGGAAAUUUUGCUAAAUUGAUAAUUGGAUUUCGUAGGUACAUGGGUCAUCACCUUAAAUCCAUAAAACCUGACAAGGGUCUUAUGUCGAAAUCUUUAGGUGAUCCGUACAUGGGCUGGGCCACCUUUGUGGAAGACAUCGUUGUUACUCACCAGACUCGAACUGGAUUACCUGAAGAAACUUUCCCCAACUAUGACAUUUGGGAGAACCCUUUGACACCCUGCAUGUGUAGAGCCUGAUCGUGUUAGUACUCGUAGUGUAGCACAGACCAUAGGAUAUUCGUUGAAAGCAUUUCCUCGAACAAAUGUGCCCACGUGCAUCAAGAAAUUUGUCAAAUUUAAUUUUGCUUUAACUCUUAGUGCAUGUUUGGUAUGAAGUGAUCAACAGUAUAAUGAACAAAAUUUUAACUUCUUUGAUACUCUCCAACCAAACAUGACUUAAAGUUUGAGCAAUACCAUAAUGCACUGUUGAUGCUAUCUUGGAAAUUCAGUGCAGAGAGAGAGAGAGGUCAAUGAAAUGUGAGUGUAUGUUACUGAGGCUUGGAGGUGGGUAAGCCCUUUAGGGUCCAAAGAUGUGAUCCCCAACAAGAUGAAACACUGCAAUUUUGUAUGGGUUUAUGCUUAAUCUAUUGUAUAAAUUAUGAUUACACGGUACAAAUGCCAUGUUUAUUAUGCUGUAUGUCCAAUUUGCUUUAUCAAACGUGUUUGGUAGCAAUUUGAGGCUAUUUUGCCUGAA